UCGCCGUUAUAAGGGCUAUUGGAUUAACCAGUAGAUCAUUUCCUCGCCUGCGUCGUAUCGAAGAGCCUCGAUCGACAAACACGUUGGGGCUACCACGCGUUCUGAGGAUCGUCGACGGGCGCGCGCCGCGGGUGCCAUGAGCGACGCCUCCGCGGCUUGGGGCCGGGCCUGGCGCGAAGGCCAGGGCCCGCCGCAGGGCGGGACCGGUGCCGCUGCGCCCUGGCUCGAACUGCUGGACGCGGUGGCGCCCCGGACGCCGCGCACCGGCUGCCUUUGGGAGUUGUGCGAGGACGCCCUGGGCCUUUGGGAGCUGUGCGGCGGGGGCGCUGGCAGCGGCGCGAGGGCCUCGGGCGCCGCGCAGGCCGCCUGGGAGAUCGGCGCGGACCUCCUGGAGACGUUCGGGGCCGGGCUGGCCGCUGGCGCCCUCGUCACCUCUCCCUCCCUGGGCGGCGUCGCCGACGUGCCCGGGCUCGCCCUGGCCACCGCGCCGGCCCUCCUGGCCGCCGGGGGAGAUCUGGCCGCGCCCGACGCCGGGCGCACGACGGACGCGCCCCCGGAGGACGGGGCGGUGCGCACGGCGGACGCGUCCGCGCUGCCGGCCUCGGCGGCGCUGGCGCACGGGGGCGGCCGCCGCCGCCCGGAGGCGGCGGAGGAGGAUCGGUGCGACCGAAGUGGGCACGGAGAGAUUUCCGAGGCGCGGGCUUACGUAUAG